AUGUUCAUCUCCAGCUGUAAAUUGUUCAGCUUGCUGAUAAAUCGCAAAAACAUCAACACGCUGCUCGAUAUAUUGAUGAAAAAGCCAUGCAGACCGUUAAGACCGAACGAGAUGAAGAUUCAGUAUACAUUUGACAAGGACAUAGAAAUUAAUACUUGGCGCUACGUGUAUCUGGGAAUAGCGACAUGUUCGUUUGUCGUGUCAAUGUCUCUGUGCAUAAAUCUUGACAAACGAAAAUUAACAUACCCAGCAUGGUUGCCAUUUGAUUAUUCGUCGACAAUAUUGUACUCUCUGACAUUCGCUCAUCAGCUUAUGUGUCUUAUUAUUGGGUCUUUUCUGAAUAUUGCUUGUGACAGUCUUUUCUGUGGAUUUUUGGUCCAUAUUUGCUGUCAAAUCGAGAUCUUAACGUAUCGUCUUCGAGAAAAUAUAUCUUACUCUGAUAUUCUCAGCGAGUGCAUCCGCCAACACUGUUAUAUCUUCAGAUUCGCCUUUAUUAUAAAUACAAAGUUUAGACUUCUUGUUAUUGUUCAAUUUGUAAUAAGUACGUUGGUGGUGUGCUUUAGUCUAUAUAGAUUAACUAAAACGACAUCGCAUGCUAAGCAUGUUGAAAUGACACUGUGCAUGAUGUGCAUGCUAACGCAAAUUUUCUUUUACUGUUGGUAUGGAAACGAGGUGAAGUUAAAGAGCUGUGAGCUGAGCGAUAACAUUUUUAAAAUGGAAUGGAUAACACUGAACAAGAAGAAGAAGAAGUCUUUAAUAAUAAUAAUGAGACGUGCGAUUAUGCCUAUUCAAAUUACCAGUGCUUAUAUCAUUUCCAUGAACCUUGAGUCCUUUAUGACUAUACUCAAGAUGUCGUAUUCGACUUACAAUUUGCUUCAACAAAUAUGA